UAACAAAUAAUAGGUUAAACUACGGCCCAGUUUUGGCUAGUAGUAAUCAGCCCACUAAACAAGGUUGUCUGUCUCGUCUCCGUCCUUUACCAACUUCUUCUUCAAGCUCUGCUAAACCCUGGCCGUGAUAAACCCUAAGCCGUUAACCGUCGCUAUGGCUCCUCUUACGCGCAAUAAGAAGAAAGGACCAAAGUCUCAGACUCCGCCACGGAAUAAGAGGACGAAUUCGAAUACCACGCUUCCACUGAAGAAAGCGGCGAAAUCUCACAAGCCUCCAUCGAAGAAGCAGAGGAAGGGUAUUUCGGAGGAAAAGCCCCUCGAGAAGCCUGAAGUUUCCACGGGAGAGGAAGAAGAAGAAGAGAAUGAGCAGUCUGAUGAAGGAGAUGAAUCAGGUUCUGACUUUUCCUCAGAUGGUGAUGGAGAAGAAGAUGAGGAUGUGGAUACAGAACCCUUGGCCGACGAAUUUCUUGACGGCAGCGAUGAUGAAGAGGGACCUCUGGGUUCUGAUUCGGAUUCUGACUCUGAUGGAGCCGAUCUCGUGAAGCAAAGUAAAGCUAUUGACGAAGAACGCAAAAGGCAGGAGCAAGAUGCAGAAGAUGAAUUCCAGAUGAACAUUAAGGAACAACCUGAUGAGUUUCAGCUACCAACCAAAAAGGAACUUGAAGAAGAGGCACGUCGGCCACCAGAUCUUCCUAGCUUGCAAGCGAGGAUAAAAGAGAUUGUUAGAGUGCUGUCGAAUUUUAAGGAUUUGAGGCCAGAAGGAGCCAAGAGGAAGGAUUUUAUUGAACAGCUUAAAGCUGAUCUUCGUUCUUAUUACGGCUAUAAUGAGUUUCUUAUUGGAACUCUUGUUGAGAUGUUUCCACCUGUUGAACUCAUGGAACUGAUCGAGUCUUUUGAAAAGAAACGGCCUACAUCUAUACGUACCAACACUCUUAAGACUCGGAGACGGGAUCUGGCUGAUGUACUUUUGAACAGAGGAGUUAAUCUAGACCCAUUAAGCAAGUGGUCAAAAGUUGGACUUGUCGUUUAUGAUUCACAAGUUCCAAUUGGUGCAACUCCUGAGUAUUUGGCUGGUUUCUAUAUGUUGCAAAGUGCUAGUUCCUUCUUGCCAGUGAUGGCUCUUGCUCCUCGAGAGAAAGAACGGGUUGUGGACAUGGCUGCUGCCCCUGGUGGUAAAACAACUUAUGUUGCUUCCCUAAUGAAAAACACUGGCAUAAUAUAUGCAAACGAGAUGAAAGUACCUAGGCUUAAGUCACUUUCCGCCAAUCUGCAUCGCAUGGGGGUGACAAAUACCAUAGUUUGUAACUUUGAUGGAAGAGAGCUACCCAAGGUUUUGGGUCAGAACUCGGUCGAUAGAGUGUUGUUGGAUGCUCCUUGCAGUGGAACUGGAGUUAUAUCAAAAGAUGAAUCAGUCAAAACUUCCAAAAGUGUUGAUGACAUAAAGAAAUUUGCUAAUUUGCAAAAGCAACUUAUACUUGCCGCUAUUGACUUGGUGGACGCCGAUUCUAAAACAGGUGGAUAUGUUGUUUACUCAACAUGCUCAAUUAUGAUUCCCGAGAACGAAGCUGUAAUCGACUAUGCUCUAAAAAAGAGGGAUGUCAAACUCGUUCCAUGUGGACUUGAUUUUGGCCAAGCAGGAUUUGUUAGAUUUAGAGAACACCGGUUCCACCCUACUUUAGAGAAGACCAGACGUUUCUAUCCUCACGUACACAACAUGGACGGAUUCUUUGUGGCAAAGCUGAAGAAGAUGAGUAAUGCAAAGCAGGCCUCAGAAGGUGAUGAGCCGGUUGAAAGAAUAGAGAAAGCUCAGGUGUCUAGUGAUGACGAUGAUGAGGCUGAGGCCAUUAAGGAGUUGGAGAAGCCUUCUGCUGCCAGUGGGAAACCCAAGCUAGAGAAGAAGAAACAAAUAAUUCCAAGCUCAAAGGAGAACAACAAAGGCAAAAAGAAAACCGGAAAUGGUAAUGUGGAAGAACCCAGGAAGCAAAAGAAGAAGAGAUCACAAUGGAAGGCUGAAACUAGGGCUGGCAAAAAAACACCAUAACCGAAAAUAAACCAAAAUACGUGAUUUGGUUUGGUUAUGGUAUAACUAUAACCUAAAAAAUCCAUGUGAUGAUUAUUUUUUGUUAAGAUUUUGGUUUCGGUUUGAUUUAGUAGUAUACAAUGGCUUUUGUACUGUAGUUUAGUUAAUCCACUUAGCAACCCAACAUUAAUAGACUAAAAACUAUGAGAAAGAAAGAGCGACACUCACUCCUAUGGCCUCGAACAAAAGUUUUUGUAUCAAUCUCAUGAGAUUAUUGUGUGAAGCUGUUUCUACUGUUUCUGUUAUUUAAUGUUGGAGUAUAAAUUAGUUGAG